GAUUAGCUAGCUAAAUAUUUGAUCAUCGUGAAAUUAUGAAAUAUGUCUACGUUAUUAUGAAUUUGCUAUUCCUUCAAUUUUCUCUACUAUAUUCCUAAACUAUUAUUCUCUUAAAUUAACUCCUUGUGGGUUUAAGAUCCAGCUUUAUGAUAUGGGAGAUAAUAAUAUUGUUAUUAGUUCGCCCUCAAUCCUAGAAGUUUUGGAUGAUUUAUGGCUGGUAGAGAAUCAGAUCAUUGUUAACCCUAGUACUUAUGAUGAUGAGCAAGGAAUUUCACCAUUAUUGAGAAUUGAGAAUAUUAAUGGAGUAUCCAAACAUGGCUAUAGUCACCAAAAUCAUCACGACAGCCUUAUUCUUCAAGCCUCAUCAGAAAAUGGAAAUGUGUUCGAUGUUGCUCAUGAUCAACAAGGUAAUAAUAAUAGCAUUAACAUAUGUCCCAAUAAUAAUGUGGAGUACUACUCAAACAUGUUUGUUGAUCAACAAGAAAACUCAUCUAUAGUGAAUACUAAUAAUUUGAGCACUGGAAAAGAUUUGAUCAUUAGCUCAAAGGUACUGAAGGGAAGAAAAUCAAGCAAGUGUAAUAAGAAAAAUUUGAAGAGUAGUACUAUUAUUGAAGAUAAAAGACAGACUUUGAUUCAAUCCGAGGUUGAAGAAGAAGAAGAAAAAGAUACACUCAUCAAAAAACAAGAGCAUAAUGCUAAAGAGAGGAUAAGAAGGAUGAAGAUUAGUGAGACUUACAUGGCCCUUGGUUCCUUGCUUCCUAGUACUCGACUGUCAAAGCUCAAGAGAUGGACUGCUCCAAGAAUAAUCGAUAAAGCUCUUGAAUAUAUUCCAGAGUUAGAGAAUGAAAUAGAAGAAUUGAUCACUCUGAAGAAGAAGACCCUAUCAGCUGUUGAAAAUAUACCAGUAGUAGAAGUUGUUAACCAAAAGAAUAUUAGUAGUGCUACAUUGGCUUCACCAGUUAAUAAUUCUCUCACAGUUUCAGUGAAUGAAGUUAAAAAGGAUGAGGUUAUCAUACAAAUUUGCAGGCCAAGAAAUAAACAAAAAGAUUUCCCAAGCUUAUUGGAAUAUAUUGAAGAUCAAGAACAAGGGAUAUUCAUUAUUCUGAGUGCUUCUACUCUUCAUGUUUGUGAUGAGAGAGACUGCUACCACAUUCAUAUCCAGAUCAUGAAUGAGAGCUCAACAAGCUCAAGUAAUAAUGGAAAUGAUGACUCAUCUGCCAUGUUAAAAGAAAAGGUGAUUUCUUGGUUGACCGCUAAUUAAAAUGUUGACAGGUAUCAAGUUUCCCAAAAACUGUAAUUAAAUUCAAUAAUUUUGUCUAAAGCAAUUGUACAUAUAUAUAUACAUAUCAAGUUAACUUAAUUGUAAUAAUACAUACAUAUAUAGAUGAGUUUUUCUUGCAUUAAUAUUAGCUAUUGAAAUUUUGUUAUUGUAUAUACAUUUUGUUUUCCCACUCUAAUAAAAUUAAGCGUUUUGUUU